CACGAGAACCAAGAAGUGUACAGCGGCGGACGGCGACUGACAGAAUCACAGACUCCAGUGAAAUCCGACUCCACUGCACACAGCACAGACACAGAGGGCGUACCACCUUGCAGUUACAUUACACAUACACAUACACAACACGCAUAUAGCUAGUGAUCGCGAUUACCUCACGGUGUAACCAAGUGAUGUGACCUCCGACCCGACAAGAACAUCGCAACAGCAAGGUCAUCGAAGACAUAGAAGACAAGAUGUCUUCCACGAUGAAUGCCACACUGCCCCUUCCCAUCACCAAUGGCUUGUCUUGGCACAAGUCUGGAGACGACUGGGGAGGCAGCCUGUCGAAGAGCAGCAAGCGCAAAAGUAGAUAUCCACCGUGCGAGUGCUGUCCUUAUGGCUACCACAUUGACUUGGACUUUGUGCGUUUCUGCGAGACCUUGGCGCAAGGAGUCAGUGGGGACGCAGCCAGCAAGCAGCGCCGCAAGGAGCGCCGACGCCAGCGCAAGUCUAUGGAAGUGUUGUUGGGUCUCAACAGCCCUCCCACAUGGAGUUCUGACAGAGACAUGCCGCAGUUUAUGAACGAACCGCUGAAGGAAGAGGCAACAGUACUAGACAGUGGUGAUUCUCACCUUAGCCCUGUGAAGGACGAACUACAAAAAGCUGUACUAGACUUUGAGGACACUCUGCAACGCUCUCAGAACUCCCUUAAAAAGUCUUCAGAUGUUGCUGCAGUCGGAAGCACCUUCUACCUCCCUUCCCAAGACCAGGACCUGGACAAUGGUAAUAACUCGUCUGGCCUCAGCGCAUCUGCUCUCCAGAACAUUCGAGAGCAGAUGGCUCAGAGCUUGGAAAGAAUGAAAGAGUUAGAAGAACAAGUUAAAGCCAUUCCAGUUCUUCAGAUUCAGCUGUCUGUUUUAAAAGAUGAAAAAAGAAAGCUACAAGAAAAACUUAAAGCAAGUGAGAUGAAAAGAAACACAGGUUCAGACCUUUUAGAUGCCGAUUCAUUUGUUCCAAAGAAAUAUCACACACUACCUCUUAAAUCAGGAUUGGACAUUAAAACACCUCACAUAAAUGAAACUUCACUUGUUAGAAAACCUUCGAUGAGGGAUGUGAGUGUCUCGUGCAUUACAAUGAUGCGAGAUGUUGGAGUGAGUCAUUGUGAGCCUCCUGUGAUGACUCGUGAUGUAGGUGUGAGUCAUUCACCCCCUCCUGUGGCUACUCGUGAUACUGCAGUUAGUCCAAUACCUCAACGCGCCACUAAGGAUGUCGGAGUCAAUAGCUUACCAGCUGACUCAAUACCUCCGGAGGGUUGUAAGUCAUUGACUCAAGACAUGGUAACACUUAAAAGUAUAAUCAAAAAGUCUGAACUUAAAGAUACUGGAACUGUGACAGACUUGUUACACAGCCAAAUUUAUUCUGAUGUCGAAUUGGAUAAAAAUAUCAACAAAGCUAUAAAAAUGUUUGAAAAAACUUAUCUCAGUAAAAUUAGACAAAACAGACUUGAAAAUGUUUCCAGUAUUGGAAUUCAAGCCUCUCCUACCACCGAUACAUUAAAAAUAAUAGAGAAAAAUGACAGAGGUGUCCAAGCUGUACCAGAAGUAAGAUUCAGAAGCUUUGGAGUUAACUGUGUCGUAAAAACAAGAGAUGCUCAAACCAUCGCUCGUCCUGAGACACAUACAGUAGGUGUAUCAGAUGAUACCUUGGACUUUGUCUGUGAAAAGUGUGCUAAUGGCUUAACUAACCUCACAAAUGGAGGCAGUCACAUUAAACCUCUAUCCUUGGCUACCAUGAGCGUUGGGAGAAGUAAAUCAUUUGAUUACAGCGAUAGAUCUCCAUUAAAAAAACUAAGAACCCGUUCCAUAGCUUGUGGCACAACACAUAAGAUCAAUUCAACCAAAUCCUGUGAUACUUCAGACUUGGCUGGCCGACUGAAGGAUGUAGGUGUCAACACUAUAAAAAGAAAACUCGUUGAUACUGCUGUGGGUGAUUCCUUACAGCAAGUGCAAAAUGUUAAUAUAUGUGAUAAGUGCUCCAACACAAUAAAAACAGUAGCAAAGAAUAUUCUAAACCAGUCUAGAGGAGAUUUGACAUCGACAUUGACUACAAACUCAGUUUCUAGGAUCCCAAGGCCUUCCACUCUUACCACUGUAUCCUCCAAUACUAAGAAGCCAACGUUAUUGAGGCAAGACACAUACACCAAAUCAUUCAUCACACCUGAGUCCAUUGAAUCGGCGAAAAAUUCUCUCUCUUGGUUAAAAGAUCAAAGCUCAAUAAGGCCAUAUUGUGCUAAGAGAGGUGGUAGCAGUUCAGAUGAUGGUUCCGACGAUGUAAACUUGUAUGAUGCUGGGCUUCCCAACGAUCAUGGGGUCUUUGAGCCACCAUUAUUUCAACCAAUUCAGGGUGAACCGAGGAAAAAAGUCGAGCCUUCUAAAGAGAUGAGAGCAGCAAUGAAAGUCCUCAAUGAUGCUCUAGCGAAAUCACCGUCAGGAAACCUUCCUCCUCAGAUGAAAAAUGCAAUAAAUAUAAUUCAGCAGGAAUGGUUUAAGAUAUCAAGCACUGCUAAUGCGAACCCGCUAGAUGUUGAAGACUAUUUAGAUUGUCUUGAAGAAAUUUCAAGUAGACUUCUGGAAUAUGUUGUUAAUAUGACUGAUGUUAGUGGGAAUACAGCAAUGCACUAUGCAGUUUCUCACGGGAACUUUGACGUUGUUUCCAUUUUACUGGACUCCAAAGUGUGCAAUAUCAACCAAACAAAUGCAGCCGGCUACACUUGUAUCAUGUUGGUGUCUCUUGCCCAAGUACGGUCGGAAACUCAUCGACAAGUCAUAAAGAGACUGUUCCAGAUGGCAGAUGUCAAUAUAAGAGCAAAACAGCAUGGGCAAACAGCGCUGAUGCUGGCAGUGUCUCAUGGCAGAUUGGACAUGGUUCAACUACUACUGGAGUGUGGAGCAGAUAUGAACAUACAAGAUGAGGAUGGGAGUACUGCACUCAUGUGUGCUGCCGAACAUCACCAUGUUGAAAUUGUCAAACUGUUGCUUGCUCAGCCUGACUGUGACCUUACCAUCAGAGAUUACGACGGGCAAACAGCACUGAAUAUCGCUAUGGAGGCAGGGAACCGGGACAUAGGAGUCUUGCUGUAUGCCCAAGAACAUUUCUCAAGGGGCAGCUCUCCAUAUACGUCUCUAAAACAUCGCCGUGCCAAAAGCACUACUCCUACGUUGCGAACACCCACAUCCCCGCAGCCACGCACCAAACAGGACCAUUCGUUCUAAAUAGUCGUAGUUCUUGAAGAAUUUAUUAAACUUAACAUUGAAUAUUUAAGAGUUUUCUAAUAACAAUUGAAUACUUGCUCCAACAAAUGUACAGUGUGUCUUAAACCAAGUCAAGUAGCCUAAAUAAUUGUUGAAAAUUUACCAUCAACUUCAUAAAAGAAAUUAUAGUGGUAAUAAGAUUAUAUUUCAGAUCUUGUUACUUUAUGCAGUAUAUUUAAAAAGAAUAACCUACAAAAUAGUAUUUUGUUAUUUCAUUUUUGAGUUUCAAUCAUACUAGUUUCCAAACACCUGAGUUAGCAACCAUUGUAUGCAUGGGAUAUUUUUAUCGGUUGAGUAGGAAAGUUAAUCGUAUCAAGGAACACAAAAUAAUAUUCUUGUGAUAAUGUUUUUAGUGAAUAUUUUUUUACCUGAAUUGGUUUAUUUUAAAUCACUACUCACUUAACCCCUGCAACCUAUAUGCACCAGCUGACAUAUUUCUUGAGGGUCUAUGAGUUUUUAACGAUUGCUCUAUCAAAAAUACUUGGAAAAGUGCAAAUACUAUUACGUGCUGUUGUAAUUCAAAAGAAAUCUAAGACUGCAUCACAUUCCACUUUAUUAUUUCAAUCCAAGAAGUAGAUCUAGUCUUUAUAGGAUUUGAGAAUCCAAUUAGUAUUUAGAGAAAGAAAAGUUUUGAUUCUUAAGGUAUUCCAACUUGAAGAUUCUCCUAUUUCAGGUGUAAUAUAAUUAGCCAAACAUUUGCCUUCCCAAUGUUUUACUGUAGUAAAUAUGACUUUCACAUAUAGUGAGGUCAUUAAAAUGUGUGAACUCAGUUAAAAUAGUGAUAGUAGUUGGUGUGGAUAAAAAAGUUCAGUAUUGAAGAAAAUAUUGUAAAAGCUGUGAUCCAUCAUCAUAAAUAUUGUAUGGCUAGCAAUUGUUGGUGGUUUAUCCGGAUUUCCCUGGGUGUUUUUGGCAAUGUUCAAAUUAAAACUAGGGCUUAUAGUUUGGUUUAUCAUGAUAGAAGUAUUGUGAAAUGUUCAAAUUUAUAUUCUUAAAUAAAGAAUUCAAAGUUUUUCAAACCAUCUAAAUGUCAUCCUUUCAUUCAAGAUCAAAUUUAUGGGAGCCCUGAGACAUUUCUGAACCCUGAGCGUGAAAUGAAUAUGAAACAUAUCAUAUUUCGUUAAAAGGUAUUUAAAAUGUACAUGAUAUUUAACCACACGGAAAGUAAAUAAAGAUACAUCCUAUAACACUUAAAACAUAUAUUUACGCUUAAACUGUUACUCUGAUGAUGAUUGGAGUGUCCAAUCGAAAUCGAUCACCACUUGCCACCUUUUUUGUAUAUUUACCGUCUUGUGAAUAACAGUAGGCUAUAAGUGUAAAUAUAUGUUUUAAGUGUUAUAAGACGUUUCUUUAUUUAUUUUCCGUAAAUUUAAUAACACGUACAAUGCUGAUCAAGAAGUUAUUUAACCACACUCAUGAUGUUGGAGAUUUUUUUAUUCAGGCCUAUUCUUCAGAACGAAAAUAUUUUGCUCAUAAAGGCCUAGAAAAAGUAGUAAAGUGCAAAUAAAUUUGGUUGUUAACAAUUUUUAUUUAGUUUGAAGGUAACAAUAAAAUGGAAAAAACAAGUUUUUUAAUUACUUGGACCACAAGUAAACUUAAGUUAAAAGGAAUUGAGAAAUUCCAGUCAUAACUGUGCAUACAUUUUUUUUUUUAUUAUUCACACAGUUCUGCCAUUGAUUGGAGAUGUAUGUUAUGUGUUAAACUUGAGUUGUUCUAAUGUUAUAAAUUCACUGUUUGGUACAGAAAUUGUAUUGUAAAUGUCAAAGCGAAUGUUACGUUCACAUUCAAAAUUAGAUUUGUGUAAAAUAGUUUAAAUUGUUUGUUAUAUAAUUAUUAUAUAAAUGGUUGUAUGAAUUGUUGUCACUUGACUAACGUUUGAUAUAAAUACUGUAUUAACAAAGUUAACUAUUUCAAGCCAUCUGUUAAAAAUCUUGAAUAUGAGAUGUCAGGAAAUUAGCUUUAAUGAACUAGUGUCGAUUUAUCCAAGAAAAUAAAGUAUUGACAUAUUUGGUUAGUGCCAAAUUAGUGUUUUAGGCAGAAAUAAAUGUUCUCUAAGUUUAUCAAUGUGGUUGUGUGUUUUAUGGGCUCUGAGUGAGUUUAAUGUAAUUUGAGUUAUGAUUUUCUUAGUACAGUACAUGCACCAAUCUUAUAGUGACUUGUUUUUGUUAAAUAGAAAACAUCUUAUGUUCAAGAGAGUCUAAUCUCUGUGAAUUAACUUCUUUAAACUAACCAGACAUUAAUCCAGGUUCUAAGUUUUUAACUUAUUGACUAUUAAAUUGAAUCAAUUUUUUUAGUUUUAAUCAGUACAUAUGUAAUGUUAUAAAGAGUUCAACUAAUACAAAACCAUUGUUAAAGGGCAGGUGUGCAACUUAAAACUAAGCCUUAAAUAAGCACAAUUAGGGUUUAACUAAAAACUUCAGUUGUUUUCACUGAAGCUUUCUUAUCUAAAGAAUACAAAUAUCCUGCUACCAUUUAUGGAAAUUUUGAUAUACAGAUUUAGUCAUAAAAAUAUUUAUUUGUGAUUGGGGACUGAAAUUUAAUUUGUGUGAUGGAAAGUAAAAAAAAGUUUUAUGUUUACUAAAAAGCACAAUUUAACUUGAAUUCUCAAGAGAAUUUCAGUAUUUAUAAAUAUAAUAAGGGGAAAAGAAUUUUUAAACGCUGCUCGUGGCACCCAAAUUGGAGUUAAUUUUAAACAUAUUUUGCCUAAGAUGAUUCAUAUAAUUUGAUACUAGUGCAAACUGCCCUUUGUAAGUAAAUUCAGGUUUGUGAUUAUACCCUUAUUUAAUUAAUUCACCAAAUCAUUAAGUUGUAGAUAAAUAUAUUAUUUGAACUCAUUAGAUUUUAAAUAUCAAUUGUGAAUGUAAAAUAUGUAUAAAUAAUGUUCAUAAUUUUGAUCCUUAAUAGAUUUGUAAAGCCUGAUGUAUAUACAAUUUAAUAUUAAACUAUUUCAACAAAGAGAUGCUUUUUAUCUAACUCACAAAAUGCUGCAAGUUUAUACAGUUAGUUUUUCCUAGGACCCAUUUAAAACUUAGAAAGAAAGGUAAGUUGGUAUUCUAUUUAG